AGGCGGCCGAGCUGCGGCGGCGCAGGAGGGGGCGGGUUCGGCGAGGGCGCGGCCUCUCGGAGGGGGGCGUACGACGCCAUCCCCCGCGGCCGCCUGGGCCACUCGGGAGCUUCGCGGCAGCCGGGUGCCCCACUUGGCAACCCGCUCCGUGCUUCUUCCUCGCGCCCGCCUCCUCUUGUCACCUCCCGUCUCAGCCUCCUUGCUCCAUCCCCGCCGCAUCCACCGCCGGCCGAGCGCCUCCGAGAGCCAGAGGUGGUGCGCGGGGCUGCAGGGCGCGCCCUCAGGCGGACCCCGGCCCGGCAUUGGGGGGCACGGGCGGCAGCAUGGACACCAAGCGCUGCUUCGCCAACCGCUUCGAUGACUACCAGGGCAGUCUGCUGGCGGGCCAGUGCGAGGAGGCGGUGGCGCCCUUGGUCACCGCCACCAUCGAGCGCAUCCUUCAGGAGCUGCCCCCGCUCGGGGGCGGCGCUGAGGCCCGGGGGGCGGCGGCCGCGGCCAGCAGCUGCCAGGGAGGGCUGUACGGCGGCGUGGCCGGGGUGGCCUACAUGCUCUACCACGUCUCGCAGAGCCCGCUCUUUGCCGGGGCCCGGGAGCGCUACCUGCGCUCGGCCAAGCGCCUCAUAGACGCGUGCGCCCGCGCGGAGGAGUGGGGCGAGCCGGACGCCGACACCCGUGCCGCCUUCCUGCUCGGGGGAGCGGGCGUGUACGCCGUGGCCACGCUCGUGUACCACGCCCUGGGACGGUCCGACUACGUGCAGCCGUUGGGCAAGUUCCGGGCUCUGUGCGCCGUCUGCGCGCCGGUCUCCUUCCUGGAGUGCGGCUCCGACGAGCUGUUCGUGGGCCGGGCGGGCUACCUGUGCGCCGCGCUGGUGCUCAAGCAGAAACUCGCCCAGGAGGUACUGAGCCCAGCACAGAUCAAAUCAAUUUGCCAGGCGAUUCUGGACUCUGGGAAGCAGUACGCCAUGAAAAAAAGGAAGCCAUUCCCUCUGAUGUACUCUUACUAUGGAACUGAAUACUUGGGAGCGGCUCAUGGCCUGUCGUCCAUUCUCCAGAUGCUUCUUUCUUACCACGAGCACCUCAAGCCCUCAGAUCAGGAGCUGGUAUGGCAGAGUGUGGACUUCCUCAUGGAGCAGGAGCAGAACUGCAACUGGCCACCUGAGCUUGGCGAGGCCAUCGAGAGGGAGAAUGAGCUGGUGCACUGGUGCCAUGGCGCCCCAGGAAUUGCCUACCUGUUUGCCAAAGCUUAUCUCGUUUCCAAAAAACCACAGUACCUGGACACAUGUAUCCGGUGUGGGGAACUUACGUGGCAGAAGGGCCUGCUAAAGAAGGGGCCUGGCAUUUGCCACGGUGUGGCUGGCAGUGCCUAUGUCUUCUUGCUGCUAUACCGGCUCACAGGAAACUCUAAAUACAUCUACCGAGCCCAAAGGUUUGCUGAGUUUUUAUUUACCGAGGAAUUCAAGGCUGGUUCUCGGGUCCUUGAAAGUAUAUACAGCUUGUAUGAAGGCUUCUCCGGGACGGUGUGCUUUCUGAUCGAUCUGCUGCAACCCAAUCAGGCGGAGUUCCCUCUCUUCAGCGUCUUUGUCUAGAAGGCUCCAUCUCCCACUGUGGCCCUGCAGAAGGUCCCUGAGAUUUCCCAAGCCUACCCGAGGCAGUUUCCACAUAAGCCACAUUCAAUGGUAUCACAACCAUGAGCCUUAACAUUGCCGCCCGGAAGGAAGGGAGGGAGAGAGGGAGAAGGCAGGUGAAGGCAACAUGAUGCUAGACUUAAGGGAGAACGGUUUGAGAACCUGCAAAAUAAAGACACCACAAGUCCUCUAAAAACUGUAGAGAUUUAACAUUUCAGGGAGUAGAUGUGAAACCUGAGAUCAGAGGAAAAAGGGAAAGAGAAAUCAUGGUUUUCAGUUAUGGCAUAGAAAACAAAACUGAAAUGUGGACUAGGGUAAUAAAAUGGCAAUACCUUUGCAAUUGGAAAGAGAAUUUGACCAUUUAUGGGUGCCUUCCACCCCUAAAUUCAGAAAUAAACACAACCGAAAGCUAAAAUAAUUGCCCAGCUGAAAAUUGCUAGCUAGGAGGGAUGAAAUGUCAGGUUGCUGAAGGACAAAAAAGGAAACUCCUGGUUGUUCAAUCCCUUUACUUGUUGAAAUUCAUGAUUUUUACUGAAUGGAGAAGUUUGCAUAUGAAUCUCUAUUUUUAAUCACUACCCUGAUCACUUUAAGGGAAACAUAUCAUAACUUUUUUUAAGAUUUUAUUUUUAAAUAAUAUCUACACCCAACACGGG